AUGGACGCGCGCGUGGUCGUCGGUACGUCGUCCUCGGUUGCGGAAGAAACGCCGGUGGCGACGACGCGUGGUGUCGCGACACCCUCGCCGGUGUCCUCGACGCCGAGCACCGUCGUCGUGACCGCUACCAGCAACGGCGCCGGUGGUGGCGGCGGCUGGCGGUGGCGGUGGCGNGGCGUUGGCGGUGGUGGCGGAACCGUCGCCGCGACGCUUGCGUCUGCACCCUGCACCCCGCAAAAUCCAGUCGUCGUCGUGGCGAGCCCCUCCAGCAAUCAUCAACAGCCGGCCGGUGUGCCGGUCGCCGCUCUGCCCAGAAUACUCAGCAGGAACGUCAACGGAACUUUGGUGCAGACAUCCGUGCCGCAAAACGAGGCCGAGCUGCAGCUGUACAGAGUGAUGCAGCGCGCUUCGCUGCUGGGAUACUACGACACGCUUCUCGAGAUGGGAGGCGAUGAUGUGCAACAACUGUGCGAUGCGGGUGAAGAGGAGUUUCUGGAGAUUAUGGCGUUGGUCGGCAUGGCGAGCAAGCCGCUUCACGUCAGAAGGUUGCAGAAAGCACUGCAGGAGUGGCUCACUAAUCCUUCGUUGUUCCAAACGCCGGUCGUGCCGACAAACGCCGCCGCGAAAACUCCAGCGGCCGCCGCCGUAGGUUUCGCGUGCGCGAGUCCGCGGCCGCAGAUGCAGAGUCUACCUACCGGCUUUACCGCGACCUCUCAGACUUCACUGACGCCGACUCCCUACGUGUCGACGACGCCUCACGUGCCCUUGACGCCACUACCCUGUCGGAGCGCCAGUCCUGUUGUGCCGGUCACCAGCGUGUCCACCUCGGCGCCUUCCACGACUUUCCGCCAGAGCCCGAGCCCGAACACGUCCUUACCUUACACUACUACACACAGUCCCAGUAUGUUGCAGGUAGGUACGUGCGAGUCUUCGUGCGGCAGCGGCACGACGCCAAGCCCGAGCGGCGUCGGCGCACCUGCGAGUCCACCGCAGUCGACGCCAACCCUCCUGCAGUCGCAGGUGCAGCGGCUCGCCGAGGCCGCGGAGAGGCUCGUCGCUACCAUAAGGCCCCUCGAUCCUAAGCCUCAUAAUGUGAAGAAAAAACUCUGCAAGAACCUGGAGAUGGUGAUGACAAUGUCCGAUAGCGAUCCGCGCAAAAUGGACGAGAUCCGAAAAUACGCGGCGAUUUACGGCAGGUUCGAUUGCAAGAGAAAGCCGGAGAAGCCUCUCACGUUGCACGAGGUGUCUGUGAACGAGGCGGCCGCGCAAAUCUGCAGAUUCGUGCCGGCCCUUCUCACGCGAAGGGACGAAUUGUUCCCUUUGGCACGUCGUGUCGUCCGAGAUUCCGGUUACCAUUACUCCAAGAGUCAAUACCUGUCGAUGUCGAGGCCGCGCGAAAACGGAGACGAAACCGAAGCCGAGCGCUCGAAACGUCCGAAGCUCGAGCUCGAGGGUGAGGGUGAGGAUGCGACGCAGGAGGAGUUGGAUCUCCGAUGUUCCGGAACGGACAUUAACAAUUCCAUCACGAGAAGACACAGAUCGUCGAGUCCAGUUUGGAGGAAGAAGAAUAACAACGGUAUUUUCAGCACCAGCGAGGAAAUCAGCGAUUCGGAUAGCCAAUUCUCGUUCUCCAACGAGGAAUCUUCGUCCAUGCAUGAUACAAACGAGGUGGAGGUUGAAAACAGCGAUAAAAAAAAUGAUUUCAAUCUAAAGGUGAUAGCCUCGCGCGGAGACAACAUAAUUGCCGUGGCGAAUCCCGCGCUGAUGGAAUGCAGUCGUCCUAUAAAGGAAGAACCCGCGGACGAGAAACCCACACUGUUGUCGUCAUACAUUUUUAACCUUCGCGAAGAUUCUGCAGAAGAAAUUUGUCGCAGACCCAAGUAUAUAUCGUCAAGAAUCAUGUCGGAUCUUGAUAUGAGUAGCUCAGAUGAAGAAAUAUUUGAUGGCAGUCCCUCAACAAAAAGUGCAAAUACAUCAUUAAAUUCAAUAAAGAGUGGAAAUAAACAGACAAUUAACAAUGAUUUGGUCAUUAAAGAUGUUUCAGUAAAAAUUACACAAUUACCAAUAGUAAAGUUCAAGAAACGUGAAAAGAACGCACAUAAUACACAACUAAAGAAAAAAAAGCGAAUUGUACGAAAAUGGAAAAGAGGAAUACUUUACAGAAGAAAGGAGAAGAAAAGAGAAAAUAGCUCUAAGAAAACAACACCUAUUGCAUUAAAAUUAGUAGAAAAUAACGCAGAAAAACAUGCGCAAGAUCAAUCGCAAAUUAUUGAAGAGAAAUCUACAAAUGCCCCCCAAAAGUUGCAACUUGCAAACUCGUACGUAUUAGAAAAUUUAGAGAUGCCAAGUGAAAAGAAGGAUACAGGGGGUGAUCAAACACAUACAUCUGCUCGUAUUUUGCCAUAUGAUUUUUAUCGAAAUAAAAAUAUGUCUACAAAUACUGAAUGUUUAAAUCUGUUGCCAUCUUUAAACAUUGAAAAAUUAGAAAGUUACUUUAGUGAAAAUGACUCGAGUGGAGAUAUAAUAGAAAGAGCAUUAGAAGUGCAACGUCAAUUAAAAGAAAUCAAACUCAGAAGAAAAAAUUUGUAUAAACAGUUAAUGAAGCAAAAAGAAAAGAUACCUUACAAAGAAUCAUCUUUCUCAAUAUCGUCAAUCCUUAAAAGUAAUGACAUUGAUAUUACUGACGAAAGUGAUUCGUCCGUAGAGUUGCGACCUGUUCCAAAGAAAAGACGUCGAAGAAUAUCAUCAAGUGAAAGUAAUGAAAAUAUAAUUGAUAUUAAUAAUUCUAGCAGAUCUUAUUUGUCUCACGAAGAAACGAAACAAGCAAAUCCGCAAAUAAAGAUUCGUGAGGUAAAAAUUGCAUUAACAAGACUUGAAGACAUGAUUAACAUGAAUACCACUAAACAAAAACAAAGAAAAGAUGCUUCAGAAAUAACCAAAUCAACUGUACUAAGACAAAAUACAGAGAAAGCAAGGAAGUCUAGCACUAAAAUGACUAGUGAAAAGGAGAAUUCAUACAUUACAGUUGAAGAGAGUCAAGAAACUGUGCAACGUCAGAACAACAAAUUAAUUUUGACUAGGAACGAUGAUCCUUCGCAAACAAAAGAUAUUUCCAAGGAUUCAAGAUUACCAAUAACGCCUGAUACUCAAGUACAGAAGAAACAAUCAGAUGAUUUGUACAUAAGGAAGUUAAAGAAAAGUUACAAACUAUUUAAAAAACCACGAGUUCUGUUGAUAAAUUUGGAAACCCUACAGAUUUCCAUGAAACAUAACCAAUAUUCGGCAAGUGAAGUUGAACGUUUGACGAAGAAAUAUAUUAAUUUUGUGAUAAAGUCUAAUCGCUUCACGUCCCGCGCGUUGUAUGGAUUCAGACAGUUACAAAACAAAAGCACAGAUGUGAGUAUUGCUCACACAGCAGAUGACAAUGCAAGUGUUUGUUUACAAAGCGUGACUGAGGACUCUAAGGAAUGUAUAGAAAGAAGUCCAACAAAAGAUAAUGAAUCUACAGAGAACGUCAAAACUACGCUAAAGAAAUUUCCACUUAGCAACAACUUUAUGUCUAUGAUUCCUAUAGAUCAGUACAACUUGUUGCAAUUGCACGAAGAUAAGAUCAGUGUUUCGCCAAAGAAAAAGCAAGACCCCUCGUCGCAGGAGCUAUUGAAAAUAUGGCAAAAUGCAUUUGGUAAAAAAUCCACAGGACGGUCGCAAAAAACAACUGCGAAGAAGCAAUCGGCGUCACAAGUAUCCUCUGUUUCGCAAGAUCCGUCGGAGAAUUCAGCUGACACGAAAUGUGGAAGUGUUUCCAACCACGUGGCUUCGACAUCUCUGUCUUCCACAAAAGAUGAUACAUCUGCUACAGCUUCUAAAGAAGUUGGUUUCCCGAAAAAACAAACGGAAACUGCAGCGGAAUCGGCAGAAUGCGAGACUGUAUUCGAGUCACUCGCCAAUUGUGUGAAUCUUUCGAGUAACGAAAGUGUUGAGAAAACUAUCUCUAAAGAUAAUCCGCUUCAAUUACAAAACAGUAAACAAAUUCUUAGAAAUCCGCUUUAUAAUAAGAAUGAUAAAAAUAAUAUUGCAUCAAAAUCUUGCUUGAAUUUGACGAAAAAAAUGACGGAAAAUGCAGAAAAAGCAGAAAAAGCAGAAAAAGAUUCAUCAUUAAAAUUAUCAGCAAAAUCGAACAAUAUUACAUCGCUCGUUAGAGAAACGAAAUCUCCAAGGUUGAAAACUUCGUCUCAAGUUCCCCGAAUAUCGUGUGAAAUGACAAAAAUUACAUUUAAAUGCGGUAAAUGCAAUAUAGUGUUCGAGCAGUUUCGAGCAUGGCAAGAACAUCAUUUAUAUUUAUGUAAACAGAAUGCAAUCGUAGAUUCUUCGCCCGGCAACGUGUUGAUACAACAGAAUGUUGAGAGUUUAAAUCCAUCGAUGUCGCAAAAAAAGUUUGUUAACAUAAGACCCAAAUUUCCAGGCUACCAACAAGCGCUUAAAGAGCGUAGUGUAGGAUGCACAAGUUGCUUAAAGAUUUUCGAUAAUAAUUUCCAAUAUUCUGAACAUUUUAAGCAAACCAAUUGUCAAAUUAAGAGAGUAUGUCCUAUAGAUAAGACUGCGUCUACAUCUCAAAAGACUGACAAACAAAAUAACCAAGCUUCCAGAAAUAUAUUGAAAAAAGUGAUAGAGUUAAGAGCUCCGGAAAAGACUGUCGAGGUAAUUGGGAACGAGCUAGGAAGUACAUCACAAGACAAUGCGAACGAUACAAACGCAAAGAAACUUGUUACUUCGGAAGUGUCGCACGAUGCAAGCAAACAAAGAAACGAAAUGUCGAACUUACCGAAAACGACAAAAGAGCAAAAUGAGCAGUCGACUUCUGCAACACGAGAAAUAGAAAAUCAUGAAAUUGAAGAAAUAAAACAAGCAGCAAAGCCGGUUGCCAUCUGCAAAUGCCACAGGAACAUCAAAAUAGUCCAUGGGGAAAACGUUCCGAUUGAAAUAGUAUUACAGUGCACAUGUUGUCACAUACUGUUUCGACUGUUGGAGUGCUUUGAAGCGCAUUGUCAGUCUUCUGUAUCUCCGUCGUGCGCCAGUAAUUCACAAAAUAACAGGAAAGCCAAGUUAUUUUGUAACAUUUGUCAGGUGAUGAUGAACUCGCUCAACGACAUGUAUCGCCACUUGGUAAUACAUGCCAAGAUCAAUCGCAAGGGUACGGUGACCUUCCGCUGUAACAUAUGCAAGUUGGCAUUUUACGGACUCGGGCCGCUGUUCAACGCUCAUUUCAACAAUCAUGAGAAAUCUCCGUGCUUCAAGAGCAAUCAUCUAGAUUUUCCGACGAAUACUUACGUCGGCUCGAGACUCAUCAGGAUGCCAUCCGCGGAUAACGACAAACAGAUGAAUAUUUAUUACGAGGUGGCCGAUCAUAUAUGUCCGAAGUGUAAAACACCGUUUUACACGCCGUUGGCUAUGAGGAUACACAUGGUGACAUGUAACGUUGGUAACGUUCGCGCCGUUGAUAACAACGCAUCAACUUCAACUGUCGCGAAAACUUUGAUUAAGAAAAAACAUCUUAUUCUAAUAUGUGGAUUCUGCAACAAGAAGUUCUGCAACAAAACGGUUUUCGAUCAGCAUUCAUCAGAUCACAAGCAAAAGCGAGAACUGAACCUGUACUAUACCUGCGUGACCGUCACCGCGAUCACGAAAGUCUACAUCUGCAAAGUCUGCACGAGCAUGUGGCAAUCGUUGGAGAAGUUCGAGGAACAUUGGCGCACUCACGGCGAAUUGCGGGAAGACUACGUGUGCUCUGUUUGUGAGACUCACUUCGAUGCUUUCGAUCUCUUUGAGAAUCACGCGAUUACGCACAAGAAGUCCGUCUCGUGCAAGGUGGUCUAUCGCGACGUCAACGAACAAAAUUCUACGACGACUUUGCAGAGACAGGAUAACGAUGAUCUGUCCGUCGCAAGUGUCUCGAGUUGUCGCGAAGAAACCGAAUCUAUCGGUGAGAAAUCGGCAACAAGCUCUGACCAGGUUUUGUCCGUUGUCACGUCACAAAAAUCAAUGAUCAAAAAAAGAUUGUGUGAGAAACAAGAUCAACCGAUUGAGACGGUAACAGCGCCAGGUGUUUCCGAUAGCGUUUCCUCCAUCGAUAUCGCGCAAAAGUCAACAGAAGCGAAGAAUACUACAACAACCUCCGCGAACGAUUGCUCGAACAUUGAUAACUCGAAGAAUAAUAACAACGAGACUAACAACUUGAACAAUCUUGAGGAUUCAGACGAUGAUAAUAUGGUAAUAGCUUUGUCAGAUGAGGAGAACACGGUGUCAAACAUUGCUGUUGGAAACACGACUGACAAUGUGCCGCUCAUCGAACAUAAAGAUACGGAAAAAAGAAAAACUGUUACAUCUAAUUCUGACGCAACUGUUGAACAACGAAAACAAUCUACUGAUUUGGAAUCAGUCCCUUCAUCUGCAGCAACUUCUAGCACUACAAACGUUAAUAAAGACGCUUUAAAUAUAAUAACUCAGGAAGAAACCAACGCGCAACCAGACAAAAGUGCGGAUGUUUCAGGAAAUAAGGAAAUGUCGAUAUGUGUCGACGACGUCAGAAGUUCGAAAACCGCGCAGGAUAAUCGCGCGAACAAUGCUAUCGUUCAUCCAGUGAUCAUAGAUGUAGUUUCUUUGAACAAGAAUUCCAAAGAAUUGUCGAAGAAUGACAAAACCACUAAAUUAAAGGAAUCGUCGAACAAUGAUACAAGCACUGAACCAAAAAAAUCGUCCAAGAAUAAAGACACUGAAAACAAAACAACUUUCUUGCGCGUGAAAUCUUUGGCAGAAUUGACAAACGCUCCUUUGAAAUCGCAUAUAUGCUACGAAUGCGGUCAGCCGUUUGACUGCGUGCAAAAACUAACCGAACACAUAUCGCAACAUGACACCGAACGAAGAAAACAAGCGUCUUUAUUUAAUCCAAUUUUGGCACGGACUCCGAACGUAGCUAUUCGACCCAAACUGCCACCACAACCCGUUGUGAAUUCGAAUCAAAGUCAGCAACGUCCUAUUCUCUCUGCUACUUCCCGACAAUAUCAGGUGAUUGGUGUGAAACCACUACAUCUAGUUGCUUAUACUGUAGUAGAAAAUAAAAACGUAAGCUCGAAUGUAUUGCAGUAUGAAAUUCCAUGGACUCCGCAACAGAAAAAUACGUCUGCUGUGGUAACGCAACCAUCGGUGAUACAGCAGCCGACAUGUCAACCAAUAUUUCAGGUAUCUCAUCAGGCAACAAACAAAGUUAUUCAGAACAACAACAUCCAACAAACAACAUUAGUUCAACAACAACAGCAGCAGCAGCAGCAGCAGCAGCAGCAGCAGCAGAACACUAGCACUGUAGCCGUUAGGCCAUUCAUACAGAACGUCAAUCAAGGAUCUGUUUCACAAUCAGCACUGUAUAACCAACAGCAACGGCAACAUCGGCGACAACGACAACUGCAACAAUGGCAACAGCAGCAACAGCAACAACUACUGCGGCAUCAAGAGAUACAGCGACUGCAACAACAGCAGUUGUUACAACAACAGCAGCAACUGCAACAACAACAGAAAUUGCAACAGCAGCAGCAAUUGCAACAACAGCAGCAACUGCAACAACAGCAACGACUGCAACAACAUGAUGAUGUACGUAAUCAAUAUUUAGCGUCUCAGAGCAAUGUGUCUUCGUUGGCACAAAACAACAUGGUACCCGCGUACCCAGCCAAUAAUAACGCUAGCAGAGAUCUGAAUACGAUACAGCAAGCGAAAACUCCGGAGCAUCUUAAGUGUCUGUAUUGUCCCGGCUUUGAGUGCGUCUCGAUAAACGAUUUUGCAGCGCAUUUGCGUUCACCAAAACACGAGGCUCGCAGUCAUUAUAACGAUGUGCCUUACAGUUCCUGAACGUAAGCUGUGGAUGACGGUCACAUUCCUCGUGAAAGAAAAAACAAAAAAAAAGAAAAAGAAUUUCAAGUAUUCACGAGUCGAUAAGUUUUGGAGUCGAUCAAAAAACGGCUGCGAAACAUCACUGAAUGCUUCCAUAAAAUUAAACAAAAUAUUAAUUUAUAUAAUGACGCGCUCUAUCUUGUUAAUAAUUAACAGGAUUCUUAACUCGA